GCGUGAACGCGCACGUCGCGUUUUGUAGAAGGGCGUGAACGCGCCUCCCCUCCCGCCCCGCCUCAGCGGUUUCCGUUCUUAGCCGCUGUCGGAGUUUGGGCCUGUAGGAAAAUAAGGAAGCGGCGCCCGGGAGACGCGCAGGAGCCCUUUCAGAUAUGGCAGCCAUUCGGAAAAAGCUGGUUAUAGUGGGUGAUGGUGCCUGUGGCAAGACUUGUCUUCUCAUUGUAUUUAGUAAAGAUCAGUUUCCUGAAGUUUAUGUCCCCACAGUAUUUGAAAACUAUGUAGCAGAUAUUGAAGUUGAUGGGAAGCAGGUGGAGUUGGCCUUAUGGGAUACUGCAGGACAAGAAGACUAUGAUCGACUUAGGCCUCUUUCAUACCCAGACACUGAUGUUAUACUUAUGUGUUUUUCAAUUGAUAGCCCUGAUAGUUUAGAGAACAUUCCAGAGAAGUGGACUCCAGAGGUAAAACAUUUUUGCCCCAACGUACCCAUCAUCCUGGUAGGCAAUAAGAAGGAUUUGAGAAAUGAUGAACAUACAAGACGGGAACUGGCCAAAAUGAAGCAGGAACCAGUCAAACCAGAAGAGGGCAGGGAUAUGGCAAACCGCAUUGGUGCUUUUGGAUACAUGGAGUGCAGUGCAAAGACCAAAGACGGUGUGAGGGAAGUUUUUGAAAUGGCCACUAGAGCUGCUUUACAAGCCCGGCGUGGCAAGAAAAAAUCUGGGUGCCUUCUCUUGUAAAGCACAGCCAGUGGAAGAUGGCUGAAGCAGCGCCCUGCACUCAAUACAUUUUUGAAGUGCUGUUUAUUAAUCUUAGUGUAUGAUUACCAGCCUUUUUUCAUUUAUCUAUAAUUUACUUAAGAGAUUUAAAAUUGAGUCUUGCUACCAGUAUUUAGAAGCCAACCAUGAUUUUUUUAUAAUGGUCUGCAUCAAAUACAUCUGUGCACACAAGGGUUAACUUCAACAUUCCUUUAACAAAUCUUUCUCUGCACUUGCAAGAUAUGCCAGGCGCUAAUUGAAGAAAAUUCUCUAAUUUCUUGCUUUUUUUAGAAAUGGGGAUAAAAGCUGGUAACACUGAGAAUUGGGCUGUAACUACUUCAUAACUAACAUGUUCUAGCCUAUCCAGAUGCAACAGACAUGGCUGCAGAUGAGGCCCUGAGUAACUUCAGUGUUUUCACAUAGAGGAAAGCUUGACCUUCUUUCUGCCCCCUCUCCAAGGCUCUGAAGUAUAAAUUGGUAGUUGAAAAAUGUGAUCACUCUGAAAUGACCAAAGUCCCAUCCAGCUAUGGAAAGUGACAGUUCUGUGGUUUCAUGUUAGUUACCUUAUAGUUACUGUGUAAUUAGUGCCACUUAAAUGUAUGUUACCAAAAAUAAAUCUAUAUACCCCA